GAAUAUAACAGCUGUCCGUCUCUUUAACACUUGGCAGUGUUUUUUUAAUUGCAAAAUAACACAAUAAAUUUGGUGUCACAGUCAAAAUGUGGUUCGAAAUCUUACCAGCCGCCGGAAUCAUUACCGUGGCACUCUCCGUGCCCAUAUACGCAAUGUAUGGUCUGCAGAAGCUGACAUUGGGAAAUGCCUACCGCCGCAAUAUGGACGAACGCUUCGACCGUGUUAUGUAUCAGCGCGAUUUCCGACUGACCGACAAUCCCUACAUUAUGAACGGUCUGGAGGCAGUACAAGAUGAAGAUGACGCAGAAAAGAAGAAAGAGAAAGAGGGUGAAAUCAAAAAAGAAGAGAAGAUAAAAAGUCAAGAACAGAACUAAUUUUAAGUUUAUUUGAAAUAAUGAUUUAUGUUGUUGAGCUUUGUAAACAACUGGAAUAAACUGGACGCAAGA